AAACACGACAUUUAACUUCAAUACCUAAAUAAUAGUACUUGAAUCCAACAAAUAACAUCAACAUUUAACUUUUUUAACACAUAAAAUAAAUAAUAAAUUAUUUUUUAUCAAUUAAAUUCACUAAGAUAUGAUCAUUUUACUUGGAGAUUCGUAUAUCGAUCAUGCCGGUCAUAUCAGUAGUGUCAUACCAUUUUUAUGACCGGUACAUGUUGAACCAGAUUCAACCAGUGGCACGCCGGCCGGCGUGACAACCAUGGCCACAACCAAAAGCAAAACCUCACCAAUCCAAAAUAUUAAAAAAAAAGUUAAUGUAAAAAAAAUUCUUAGAUAAAUGAAAAAUAUUAUAUAAAAUAAUAUAUAUAAUUACCUUAAAAAGAAAUAGAAAAUGGGAGGCAAACCGGAUUAUAAUAAUUAUUAAUUAUCAUACAUCAUUAUCAAUAUUAAAAUUUUCCACCAAUUUUUAUUUUAUUUUAUUCAAUUUCCUUAUUUUGUUGCUUUCCUCCUCAGCGUUUAAAUACUCUGGAUAGGCUUCUUGGCUUUCUCUCAGGUUUCCCCUUUCCCCUUCUACUUUCUCUCUCCCUUCCCUCUCCAGAGCGAGAGAAGAAAAAAAAUAAAAUGGAGCUGGCUCUGAGCUUGGGCGACGCCUCCAAACCCUUCAAGUUCCUCGACAAAGCCGCACCGACCAAAGAUCACCACUUGGGCUUCUGCAUGGGCUUGGGCGGCGGCGGCGGAGGAGGAGGAGGAGCUGCCGCUGCUAGUAGCUCUGCUAUUGCCGCUUCGAGAUCGCCCCACCGGGAGAUCAUCGAUCGACGAGGAGACGACGGGAGAAGGUUGAAUGCUUCGUCAUCGACAGACCCGCAGACUCCUCUGCAGCUCGAUCUCCUGCCUUUCUCCCCUGUUCACAGAAGACCCACGACGGCGGCGGCGGCGGCACCGGCGUCGGAGGCUCGGUUCCCGUGGCUUAUUGCUACCGACCCAGCUCUGACUUCGUCUGCGCAUGGGGCGACGGACGGGUCAACACAGGCGAGGCGGUUAGACGUGAACCGUUUCUCGGGGGAGGAAGGGGACGACGGGGCGGCGCUCUCGUCUCCCAACAGCGGCGGCUCGUCGCUUCAGAUGGAUUUCGGGGUCGGUAGUGGCGGCGCCGGCGGAGCCUUUGGUCCAGGGAAGCGAGAUUUGGAGGCAGCUGAAGCCGAACGAGCGAGUGAUGAUGACGAGAACGGAUCCACUCGGAAGAAACUCCGACUUUCCAAAGACCAAUCGGCUUUUCUCGAAGAGAGCUUCAAAGAACACAACACCCUUAACCCCAAGCAAAAGCUAGCGCUGGCGAAGCAGCUGAAUCUACGGCCGAGGCAGGUGGAGGUGUGGUUUCAGAACAGAAGGGCCAGGACAAAGCUGAAACAAACAGAGGUAGAUUGCGAGUAUUUAAAGAGGUGCUGCGAGACACUGACAGAAGAGAACAGGAGGUUGCAAAAGGAACUGCAGGAAUUAAGAGCCCUGAAGACUUCCCAGCCUUUCUACAUGCAGCUCCCUGCCACCACGCUCACCAUGUGCCCUUCCUGCGAGCGCGUCGCCACCACCAACACCUCAACCUCCACCGCUCCCGCCGGCAACCCAAUCACCACCGCCGCUGCUACCACUAGCGGCACGAACAACAACUCAUCAACAGCAUUGUCGUUGGGUGGUGGUGGUGGAAGUAAUGGCAGCAGCAGCAGUAAUGGCAGUAGGAAUGUGCAUCCUUUUGUGCAGCAGCUUCACAUGUCUAAACAGCAACAGCAGCAGCAGCCUCAACCUAACCAACCAGCUGCUUCUUGACUUGCUAAAGUAGAGCUACAGCUCCAUUAAUAAGUCGGAGGAGUGAAAAAGUGAAAACCCAGCUGUAAAUAUUUGUGGGUCAGUAGUUUUUUGUCAUUUAAGAUGGGUGUUCGUUCCUCCUGGGGGAAGUGGGGGGGUGUUUUUUUUGGAAGGGUGGUUGUUGUGUGUUUUAUUUGUCUUCUACUCUUUUCCCUUUCUUUGACUAGCUAGCUACCAUGGGGGAUGAUGAUGAAGAAGUAGAAAGAAGAUAGCUUUUAUUCCUCCUCUUUUGGUUUCGAAAGAAAAAAAUACUUCAGUUUUGUUGGGUGGUAUUCAAUUGAUUUUUGUGUAUUGAAUAUGAAAGGAGGGUUUUUUUCCCCUUUGACUGAUGAUGAUCAUGAUUAUAUUGUUUGUUAUGAUGGAGGUUCUCCCACUAAUAAUUUGCAUUCGCCGAUGGCUUCUUGACAUGCUUUGAGCUCGUUCGUUUAUAUCGUCUUGUGUUAUGCCAGCCCAUAUUUCUAAGUUGCCAGACUCAACACAGGUUCGAGCUCGCCAGCCCCGUUUGAAUUGUGCCGCUUCUGCUUGUAUUUGUGUCGUGCUCAUAUUCGUUCUAAGUGAUUAGGAAAAAAAGAAGGUAUGGAAAUAGAAGAAAAUCGGAUGUGCUCAUAUUCGUGCUAAGCUAAGAAGGUAUGGAAAUAGAAGAAAAUCGGAUGUGCUCAUAUUCGUGCUAAGUGAUUAGGAAAAAGAAGAAGUGGGUACGGAAUAGAAGAAAAUUGAAUGUAUAGCGGGUAUGAUUUGGCCUCCACAUGUUAUCAUCACUUCUAAGUUCUAACAACAAUAGAUAAUUACUUUGGUAGUUCUAUUUUAUAAUAUUUUGAACUUAUAUAUAUAUAUAUAUAUUUAUUUAUAUUUUAUUUUCUAUAAAAAAAUAUUUUCCGUGUCAUAUCGUGCUUAUAUUCAAUAGGGUCUUAAAAAUAUUAGAUCCGAACACAACCCACUUAUAAACUGUAUCGCAGCUGUGCUCGUGUUCGUGCCCAUAAAUUUUAGAGUUGUGACACCUCGUUAAUAUUAAAGGCUUCUUUAGGUCAAGUGUCAACGGUAGCUUGGAGACCCGUGCUAUAAGGGGAACGACAAAUCCAAAUUCCCAAAUGAAUUAAUUAUCUUGUUUAUAAUUUAUUGAAGGAAGCUUAGCUUGGUGAUGGCUGUUAUAAUGUCACAUUGAUUGAUUUUAGUUUUUUUUUUCCUGCUCCAAGGUUAUAUUAUGAUGGAAUAGGGGUCAUUUUCUUUUCUAGGCGGCUAAUAGUAAUAAUGAGGAUGUGCAUAAUGACCAAUUUCAACGGCAUGCUCAAUGAAUUUUGUCCGGAGAAAAAAAAAAGCGAGGAAAAAUCAACAGUUGGGUAAAUUUUCAAAAAUGUCAACAAGAUCAUUAAAUUGUUUGAUCGUCAUACACUUGAUUUGAUUCAUAUUCAAUGUAUCGAGGAGGAAGGCUGCCGUCAUGAUGUACAAACUUGACUAAAAAAAAGAAAUGCACAACGUAGGGCAAAAGCACUGUAUGUUGAGAAAUGUUUUGGUUUUUGCUGGACUAGGAAUUGAGACCUCAAGUCACUCACAAAUCUGCAUGCAUAGGAAAAGAUAUGCUAGUUCGAUGAUCAAAUCAAAAAGUCAGCGGUAAAAUAUUUUAUGUCGAAACCAUGAUUUAAUUGUGGCUCGAUCGUUUCAUAUUGCUAAAAACCGUCUAUCGCGGAUUAGAUUCUUGUAAGAGGUGUUCCCAAAUUGACCGCCGGUACGGUACAGUUUUACAAAUACAGCGAUCAAGGUUUAAAAUGUAACUUGCUAUAAGGUAUAUCUGGGCCAUUGAUGAUGGUGUUUUUAUUGGGAAGGUUUAUAAUUAAAAAAAAAAAGUAUGAAUUAUAGAGCGUAGGUAGGCCAGGCUAUAAUAAUUGGAAAUCAUGUAU